AUGAAGUCAUUGCUCAUUGCCUUGGCUAUGAUAGCCACCGCUGGCACGGUCUCUGCCGCGGAUUGUGCUCAAAGAUGUCUCUCAAACAUGGAGGCCAAGGCCUCCGAGCUUGGCUGCAGUUCUGGGGAUGUAGCAUGUCUUUGCCAGAGCCAGGACUACAUCUACGGCAUUCGUGACUGCACUACCGAGGCCUGCCCUAGCGCCAAUGCUUCACAAGUUGUUGCUGAAGCACAAAGCAGCUGCUCUUCUGUCCUCGCCACUGCUUCUGGCACUGCCUCUGGUUCCACCACUGUUACUUUCACAACUUCGGCAUCGGGAACCCAGACUACUGAGACAAGUACUCUUCCGGCUAGCAACUCUGCCAGUGAAACUCCUUCUAGUACCGAAACUAUCACUACUUCUGUCUCUGGAACCCUCACUACUGAAACUACGGUUGUGCCUGUUACCAGCAACAGCUCCGAGUCCGGUACCAAGACUAGUACGGAAAAGACUACCGAAACAUUUACCACUAGUGUCUCCGGCACCCUUACCACUGAGACAAGUACUGGCACUCUCACCAAGUCCGCGACUAUGACCACAGAGAAGAUCACCACUAGCAUUUCAGGUACUCUUACCACAGAGACAACUGUCGGCACCGUCACUGGUACUUCCUCUAGCACUGCUGGAGCUCACCCAAUGGCUACAGUUGGAAGUGGUGCCUUGGGUGCUCUUGGGUUCGCCGCUAUGCUUGUUCUCUAA